UAACGUUUGUAGGUCAGUUGAGUUGGUAAAUAAACUGCGCAGUGUAACAGGUAUUGUAGGCAAACGCUGCUACGCUUGCGGUAUCGAGAUACGACGGAGGGAAAAUGUUGCACGUUAUCAAGAAAGCGUAUCGUCGUCCAGCCGCGUUAGUAAGCCGCUACUUGGCAACUACAUCUGCUCAGAAUCAGAUACCGAACCCUAAGACGGAUGUACAGCCGCAUUACAACAAGAUUUUCAUUAAUAACGAGUGGCAUGACGCGGUCAGUGGGAAAACCUUUCCUACCAUCAACCCGUCGACAGGCGAGAAGAUUUGUGACGUCGCAGAGGGUGACAAGGCCGACGUUGACAAGGCUGUGAAGGCAGCCAGGGAAGCAUUCAAGCUUGGGUCCCCAUGGCGACGUAUGGAUGCAUCAAAAAGAGGCUACCUAAUGAACAAACUUGCUGACUUGAUAGAGCGAGACAGUGUCUACCUUGCAAGUCUGGAGACCCUGGAUAAUGGCAAGCCUUACAACAUCGCAUACAUAGCAGAUGUUAACCUCACCAUCAAGUGCUUAAGGUACUAUGCUGGAUGGACAGAUAAGAUCCACGGGAAAGUGAUACCAGUUGAUGGCGAUCACAUGUGUUGGACGCGACACGAGCCGAUCGGCGUGUGCGGGCAGAUCAUCCCGUGGAACUUUCCGCUGCUGAUGCAAGCGUGGAAGCUGGGACCAGCGCUCGCUACGGGCAACACUGUCGUCAUGAAGACGGCUGAGCAGACGCCUCUCACUGCACUCCAUGUCGCACAGCUAGCAGCAGAGGCUGGCGUUCCACCGAGGGUGAUAAACAUUGUUCCGGGCUACGGGCCGACAGUGGCGCUGCCCAUGCUGGAAACCAUCGCUGAACACAUGGACGUCGACAAGCUUGCCUUCACGGGGUCAACAGAGGUCGGACAUUUGGUCUCCGCCGCUGCCGCCAAAUCUAACUUGAAACGUGUGACUUUGGAGAUGGGAGGAAAGAGUCCCAAUAUAAUCCUUGCUGACGCUGACUUGGACUAUGCCGUGGAGCAAAGUCACUUUGCUCUCUUCUUCAACAUGGGGCAGUGCUGCUGCGCUGGCACACGCACGUUUGUAGAGGGCAAGAUCUACGACGAGUUUGUGAAGAGGAGUGUCGCACGAGCGAAGAAGAGAACCGUUGGAAAUCCGUUUGAUGCGAAGAACGAGCAGGGACCUCAGAUCGAUAAGGAGCAGCACGAUAAGAUCUUGAAAUAUAUCGACCUUGGUAAGAAGGAGGGAGCAAAGUUGUUGACGGGAGGCGGACGCUGCGGCAGUAAGGGCUUCUUCAUCGAGCCAACUGUGUUCGGAGAUGUUACUGAUGGCAUGACGAUUGCGAAGGAGGAGAUAUUUGGCCCCGUGCAGCAGCUCAUGAGGUUUGACACGAUGGAUGAGCUGUAUGAGAGAGCGAAUAACACCAUGUACGGUCUGGCGGCAGCAGUGUUCACUAAGGACAUGGACAAAGCGAUGAUGGUCGCACAGAACGUGAGAGCAGGCACCGUCUGGAUCAAUAUGUACAACAACUUUGAUGCAGCCGCCCCGUUUGGAGGUUACAAGAUGUCUGGUAAUGGUAGAGAGAAGGGCGAGUAUGCACUGGAGGAGUACACCGAAGUCAAAUGUGUGAUGAUGAAGAUUCCACAGAAGAACUCGUAAAACGCAGGCCGAUGUAAAGGUCUAGUUUCAGUAAAAAAAGUUAUUUGAUUAAAAAACAAAAUACCCGAUAAUAGUAUAUUAUCGUAGUAGACAUUUCCGAUAUUCCAUUUAUGAUUCCAAUUUGUGUACAAUAAAAAACUUUUAUGCUUCCAACCCAGAUAUAUAUUAAUAAAUAUCAUCCUAAUUAG